UGCAGGAGGAGGAGUUCUCCUCCGCUUCCAGCACCACCACUGUCGGCACCGUCACCUCCCGGGUGACCAGGAAUGGGAAUGCCAUGAUGAAGAAGGACUUAAUCAAUCACGAGGACUUGGCAGCAGACCGGGGCAUGAUAGACGAUAUCUUUGAUGAGACCUACCAGGAGAAGGAGGGCCCCAAGCCCCCCAUGCGAUACGUCUGGAGGAAUAUCAUCCUCAUGAGCCUGCUGCACCUAGGGGCCAUAUUCGGGUUGAUGCUGAUACCUUCUGCAAAGAUCCAGACAUUGGCAUGGGGCGUUCUGUGUUUCAUGGUGAGUGCUCUGGGGAUAACAGCCGGAUCUCACCGCCUCUGGAGCCAUCGGUCCUACAAAGCCACGCUGCCCCUGCGGAUCUUCUUGACGAUUGCAAACUCCAUGGCCUUCCAGAAUGACAUCUACGAGUGGGCCCGGGACCACCGCGCCCAUCACAAGUUCUCCGAGACAGACGCAGACCCACACAAUGCCAUGCGGGGCUUCUUCUUCUCCCACAUCGGCUGGCUGCUGGUGCGCAAGCACCCGGACGUCAUAGAGAAGGGCCAGAAGCUGGACCUGAGCGACAUCAAGAAUGACAAAGUGGUGAUGUUCCAGCGGAGAUACUACAAGCCCUCAGUGGUGUUGCUGUGCUUCAUGCUGCCCACUGUAGUGCCCUGGUACUUCUGGGAUGAAUCCAUCAUCAUCAGCUUCUUCAUCCCAGCCAUCCUGCGCUACACCAUAGGCCUCAAUUGCACUUGGCUAGUGAACAGCGCUGCUCACAUGUUUGGCAACCGGCCGUAUGACCAGAACAUCAACCCACGGGAGAACCCCCUGGUCAGCCUGGGGGCCAUAGGAGAAGGCUUCCACAACUACCACCACACCUUCCCCUAUGACUACUCCACCAGUGAGUAUGGCUGGCGCUUCAACUUAACAACGGCCUUCAUCGACCUCAUGUGCCUCCUGGGGCUGGCCAGCGAUCGCAAGAGGGUCUCCAAGGAGGUCAUCCUGGCUCGGAAAAUGCGGACUGGAGAUGGGAGUCACAAGAGUGGCUGAGUUCCUGCUCCCCUUCACACACACAUCCACACCUCUCCUUCCUUCUUUUUUCUCCCUUUCUCCCUUCCUGACCCCUCCGAACACGCUGGACAAAGGUUUAAUGUUCUGUUUACUAACUACUGAAUAAUGCUACCAGUUUGCUUAACGAUAAUGAGUUUUAACCCCCCUCCCACACUGUGUUUUACGUGAUAUAUUUGAGAUCUAGGACUCUGCCUUUGUAACGUAAGGCCACCCCUUUCCCUCCUCUCCUUUUCUUUU